UUCGCAUCAAGCAUCAUGGCGGACAAAGCGGGAGAAGCACCUUCUGAGCCCCAAAUAGGAGUCGAUAGCAUGCAGAACAGACAUGAUCCAGAAAUAAAGGAAACAGGAAAACAAGAUGGAGAAGGUGUGGAGGAUACUAUGUCUAUUGAUGAAGAUGGAGCUGAAUCAGACUGUUAUUGUGAUAAAGGAAGAAAUCUUGGGACUGUGGAAAUUCAGUGUGGAUUCUGUUAUCGCUGGUUCCAUCAGGAGUGUAUAACCUGCCAUUUAGGAACAGUGAUUCCUUUUAUGACAAAUUAUCAAUUCAUCUGUAGAGGUUGCAGUCCUACUAGUUUAGAAAAUUUCACAAAGAAAGUGUCAAGUUUUUCCCAGAUCUGUUUUACUGCCAUAGCAAAUCUCCUUCGAGAAUCUCAGCUCAGUGGGGAAAACAGAGUCAUGUUCUCCAGGGACAGGGAGAUAAUUCCUUUUAUUGACAAACAGUGGGAAAAUCUGACCACUCAGGGCAGACGUACCAAACAAACAUGGCACUCCACAGUCGCCAAAACUCUGUCUAAGGAGACAGAGCUGUAUACUUAUAAAGAAGAAGUGUUGGGAGACCCUCAUUUUGGCCUGACCACUCCUGAUCUAUACAAGGUUGGACCUUUCAGUGAAGUAUUAAAACAAAGUGGUAGUAGUUUACCUUCUAUUGGAAAAACAGGUGCCUUUGGGGAUAGUGGAAAAGGAAGGGGAUAUAAAAGGAAAGCACCAGAUACAGUUCAGCCUCCAGGAGUCAAACAAAAGAGAGGUGACCUUGGGCCUACAACAAAGUUGGCACCUCAUGGCUACCCUCUAGAACAUCCGUUUAACAAGGACGGGUACCGAUACAUCCUUGCAGAGUCAGAUCCACAUGCUCCUAACAGACAGGCAUUUGAUGAGAGUCUGGACUGGGCGGGAAAACCUAUCCCAGGGUACCUCUACAGGACGUUCUUAGGAUCUGAUGUACUCUUAGCACUGAAUGAUAGAGCUCCCCAGUUAAAGGUCUCUGAUGACAGACUUAGUGUAACAGGAGAGAAAGGCUACAGCAUGGUCCGGGCCACUCAUGGGGUGAGAAGAGGGGCGUGGUAUUUUGAGGUCAAUAUUGAUGAGAUGCCACAGGACUCGGCCACAAGAAUAGGAUGGUCACAAUCACUAGGUAACCUACAAGCCCCGACAGGGUAUGAUAAGUUUAGUUACUCCUUUCGAUCACGGAGAGGAACAAGGUUCCACCAGAGUCGUGGGAAGCAUUAUUGUGACGGGGGAUACACAGAGGGGGAUGUUAUGGGGUUCUUCAUUCAUCUUCCAGAGCCUGACAACCCCACCAAACUUUUACCAAAUACAUUCAAAGACAGGCCAUUGGUGAAGUUUAAAAGUCAUCUUUAUUAUGAAGAAAAAGAUCAUGUUGCUGAAACUGAAAAGUCAUUAAAACCACUGAUAGGAUCCCAGAUCAUUAUGUACAAAAAUGGAGUAUCACAGGGAAUAGCCUAUGAAGAUGUCUUUGAAGGUGUAUACUAUCCUGCAGUCUCUCUCUACAAGAAUGCCAAGGUGACCAUGAAUUUUGGACCAGACUUCAAAUGUCCCCCACAGGGCCUCAAGGACUUCAGACCGAUGUCGGAUGCUGCAUCUCAAACAAUGGUCGAGUAUGCCCUCGCAGACAUCAUAUACCACGUGGAAAAUGAAGGAAAAUUACCAGAAUUCUGAACACAAACUUUGAACUCUGCAACAUAAUCUGUAAAGGAAUUAAUGAGAGUCUGAAGCAAGAUGUCAUUACGUAAUGUCUUUAUUUAAGGAGACUAAGGAAGCAGUCCCAUCCAAGUGUGUGAAGCCUUACAACAAACUCGUAUUCUAGGACUUCAGUGGAUGCCCUUGAUUUAUGACUCUAUGUUGUCCUUGUUCAUAAUUUAAAAUAAAUGUAAAAUACAGA